CGCAUCCACACUCGAUCUCGUCUCGUCGACAGACUUACACAAGUCAUCAUUCCUAUAGACUUGAAGAGAGAUACGGGAGAUCGAGCUUGCCACGAUUCGAUACCACGGCGACCAUGGCGUCGUCCAUCUACAAUCACCACAAGUUUGCCCGUGCCAUCCUCAAAAAGUCAAGAAAGUCGGAACCCAGUCUGACCAUCGAGCUCUUUACCGAUCAUUGGAAGUUUAAGAAUUCGGACUCGAUGCUCGCAUACGAUGGACCGAUGAGGCCAUUCUUAGUAGCUCUUCGAGCGCAGACAAUCCCGGCGUUCCUGGUCCCCUUGAUCCUCGAACAGGAACCCCCUAUCACCAUCUCGGACGGCUGCCUCAUCGUCGAGAUUCACGACUAUCGGCCGCCGACCAAGAACCAGGGGGACGAGGUCGACCGGCGAAAGAUGGGGACCAACGUCUUUUCCAAGAAUCCCUUUCGGAAUUCGAGAUCGGCGCUCAACGGAGCUGGGCUGGGUACCAGUGCCACGAUGGCUAGUAUCGCCGCCGUGAGUUCUGGGACAACGACACCCCUCGGACUACCAGGUUCGUCAGGGAUGAUCAGCAACCCCCAGGCUUCCGGCUCUGCUUCGGGAUCCGGACCAAGUGGCGCGUUGGGCGAGAACCCGGGCGAACCGUCUUGCAUCCGUAAUCGAGUGAUCAUGAAACCCGAUUCCGAGAGCCUGUACGAGACCUUGUUGUCGAUGCAUCAGACGUGGAAUCGGACGGCCGCAAGGGAGAAUCAACCUCCGCUGGAUUGGGACGAUGCGUCCAUUCUCGAGUUGGAAGCGCGCAUAUUGGCCGCAAUUGCACCUCCCCUCUGUCUCGAUACCUCCUUUCUCACUGCCCGAGUCGCCAAUCUAGCCUCUAUCCUGACCGUACCUAACCUUCCUCACAUCGCCUCUGACGGAUCCUUCAUCUCUCGAUCCAAGCGCCGGGAAUGGAUGUACGGUACCGUGGCCGACAAGGACGACGAAUCCGAGGUCGAGGACGAGGUCGUGACGGCUGCAAACGCCAAGGACAAUGCCACUGCUGCGCAAGAAGCCGAGGAGAAUGCGCGCAAGGCGUCGGCUCUGAGCAGCGCGGCGGUGGUGGAAAAGUUGGGGAUCGGCAAGAAGGAUUGGAACAUGUUGGUUUUUGGUACCAAGAAGAAUACGGCGACGAGUCUCGAAGAUGCCGAGCGGAAACCAUUCGACGACGAGUUCUUCUAUCGACGUCAGUCGCGGACCCGGGUGGAUCCUCAACAGGGUCGACAGGGAGAUGCUCCCUCUGCUGCAGCAACGCCUGGGCCUCCCGAGCGCGAUGUACACAUGAGGGAUGCUGGCGGGCCAGGGCAGACUAGGAAUGGAGAUGAAUUCCCACCCGGUAGGAACAGUAUUGAUCACGGGGACGGCGGUGGUCCCGGUGGCGGACCCGGUGGAAAUGGUGGAAAGAGGCCCAAACCUCGAACCAAGAACAAGAAGAAGAAUGCCGAGGCCGAGAUCCCGGAACCUAUCGAUGUGGACCAACCGGCCAACGUAAUACCACCACCACCGACAGGUGAGACUGAUGCUAGCGGCAAGAGUAAAGCCAAACCGAAGCCGAAAGCAGGAGGAGGAAAGGCCAAGAAGAGGACGGCCGAGGAGAUGAACCAGGAGAACGAAGGGACCGUCGCCGGAUCGCCCAUGACGGUAGACGGGUCCGUCGCGCCCACCCCUACAACGGCUAAUCGACCCAAGCCAAAGAAGCCUACGAAGAAACAGCAGGAGGCUCUGGCCAAACAACAACAACAGGCGGCGGAAGAUGCGGCUGCAGCGGCGGCAGCAGCAGCUAGUCAGGCCGAGCCCCCGAAGAAGAAGACGAAAAAGGCGCAAAAUCAGGCCCAGGGGGGGAAUGUACAGGGACCUCCUCUACAAGCUGGUCAUCUCGCAGGACCCCCGUCUCAUCAAGGGCCAGGAUUUGUACCUCCCGCCGGGUUCCCCAAUGGAGGUCCCGGUCUGGCCCAAUUCAACGGUAUGCCCAUGGGUCUCAACAUGGGCAACAUGAACGUGCCGAAUGGGAUCUCCGAGGACGACUUUCUCGCCGCGGCCGAAGCGUUUGGUGCGGGGGGUCUCGAUCCAUCGAUGGGCAUGGCUCCGAUGGACCAGGCUCAGGCUCCACCGAUCAACAUGCCCCUGCAGUUUCAGCCUCAACAAGGGUUCGGCGGGUUGACCGAGCACAUGCAACAACAGCUGGCGAUGAUGCAAAACGGUCAGAACAUGUCUCGCCAACCUGGUGGAGGGCUUGGACCUGGAGCUGGAGGGGGUCAGUCGAGAGCUCCAGGGCAGUGAUCAUGCAGCAACCAUGGCUUUGACGCAGAAGCGACUGGGUGGUCUGUACUACAGCGCCCUCCCAUUGCUCUUUUUACGAGUUCGAGUUUACGACAUGCGAUUGUAUCGAUUCCUUACGCAAAUGACUAUGUACAACACGAGA